CGGCUCGCGGGGAGGUCACUCCGGAGACGGCGUCGGCGCCGGGCCGCGGGCUUCGGGGCGCGAUGUGGCGCGUGUGUGCGCGGCGGGCGCAGCGUGCGGCUCCGGGGGCAGGAUUCGGGGCCCGGCGGGCGGCCCCGCGGGAGGAGCCGGGAGCGCCGUGCGUGACCCCGCGGGCCGAGCCGGCCCCCGCGCGGUGCAGCAGCGCGACCCCCGGGGACGGCCCGCGCUGGGCGCUCUGCGGCCGCUGGGCCGCGCCGCGGACUCGGCCGCCGCUGCAGCUUCUGGGGGCGCCGGGCCGCCGCUGGUACAGCCUCCCCCCGCACCAGAAGGUUCCAUUGCCUUCUCUUUCCCCCACGAUGCAGGCAGGGACCAUAGCCCGUUGGGAAAAAAAUGAAGGGGAAAAAAUCAAUGAGGGUGAACUAAUUGCAGAGGUUGAAACUGAUAAAGCCACUGUUGGCUUUGAGAGUGUGGAGGAGUGUUACAUGGCCAAGAUACUCGUUGCUGAAGGCACCAGAGACGUCCCAGUUGGAUCCAUCAUCUGUAUCACAGUUGAAAAGCCUGAGGAUAUUGAGGCCUUUAAAAAUUAUACCCUGGAGUCCUCAAUGGCACCUGCCCCUCCAGCAGCUCCAGCUUCAGCCCCUGCUGCCGCUGCUCUGCCGCCUGCACCAUCUCAGGCUCCUGGUAGCUCAUAUCCCACUCACAUGCAGGUGGUCCUUCCUGCCCUCUCUCCCACCAUGACCAUGGGCACAGUUCAGAGAUGGGAGAAAAAAGUGGGUGAGAAGCUAAGUGAAGGAGACUUAUUGGCAGAGAUAGAAACUGACAAGGCCACUAUAGGUUUUGAAGUACAGGAAGAAGGUUACCUGGCAAAAAUCCUGAUCCCAGAAGGCACGAGAGAUGUCCCUCUAGGCACCCCACUCUGUAUCAUUGUAGAAAAGGAGGCAGAUAUUCCGGCAUUUGCUGACUAUCAGCCAACUGAUGUAACGGAUUUAAAACCCCAAGCGCCACCUCCAAUCCCGGCCCCGGUCACCCCUGUUCCUGCACCUCCGCAGCCUGUAGCUCCUCCCCCUGCUGCUGCUCAUCCAGCUGCUGCCGCCAGACCAAAGGGAAGGUUGUUCGUCAGCCCUCUUGCGAAGCGAUUGGCAGCGGAGAAAGGGGUCGACCUUACACAAGUAAAAGGGACAGGACCAGAAGGCAGAAUCAUUAAGAAGGACAUAGACUCUUUUGUGCCUUCUAAAGCUGCUCCUGCUCCAGCAGCUGCCGUGGCUUCCCCAGGCCCAGGAGUGGUACCGGUUCCUACAGGUGUCUUCACAGAUACCCCAGUCAGCAACAUCCGUCGAGUUAUUGCACAGCGGUUAAUGCAAUCUAAGCAAACCAUACCUCAUUAUUACCUUUCUAUUGAUGUAAAUAUGGGAGAAGUUUUGUUGGUACGGAAAGAACUUAAUAAGAUGUUAGAAGGGAGAGGCAAAAUUUCUGUCAAUGACUUCAUCAUAAAAGCAUCAGCUUUGGCAUGUUUAAAAGUUCCUGAAGCAAAUUCUUCUUGGCUGGACACAGUUAUAAGACAAAAUCACGUUGUAGAUAUCAGCGUGGCCGUCAGCACCCCUGCCGGACUCAUCACGCCCAUUGUGUUUAACGCACAUGUCAAAGGGCUGGAAACCAUUGCUAACGAUGUCGUUUCCUUAGCAACCAGAGCACGAGAGGGUAAGCUACAGCCACAGGAGUUCCAGGGUGGCACUUUUACAAUCUCCAAUUUAGGCAUGUUUGGAAUUAAGAACUUCUCUGCUAUUAUUAACCCACCCCAGGCAUGUAUUUUGGCAGUUGGUGCCUCAGAGGACAGACUGGUUCCAGCAGACAGUGAAAAAGGAUUCGAUGUGGCUCACAUGAUGUCCGUCACACUCAGCUGCGAUCAUCGGGUGGUAGACGGGGCUGUUGGAGCCCAAUGGCUUGCUGAGUUUAGAAAGUACCUUGAAAAACCUAUCACCAUGUUGUUAUAAUUAACUCAAGAAUUUCUACUUUCUCAAGUCACAUUGGUUCAUUCUUGUAAAGAUAUAAAUAUGUUAUGAAACAGGUGGUUCUUUUUAUUUUAAAGUUAACCAGUUACUUUUGAGUCGUCCAGAUAAGUUAUUUGUAAUGGGCAUCACUGAAUUUUUUAAAAUGUCAAUUACACCCAGCUAAGGGACCUGUGGCCUCUCCCUUUGGUGAUGGGUAUUUCCACUGGGAAAUGUAGACGUAGAAUUGUGGCUCCCUGUUGAGACACUUACAUAAAAGUAACCUGGAUAAAAUCUUGAGGUUUUGAAACUUAAUUGCCUCAAAUGUUUUGCUUAGAUUUGAGGAAAACAGAAGUUAAGAAAAUUAGUUUCACUUGAAGCUUGGUUUUAGAAUUUAAUUCUAAUUUAAAUUUUUUGUUACACAAUCUUGGUUUAUCAUGGAUGGAAAGGGUUAGAAUUCCAGGGAAAAUAAGUGAAACUUUAAAAGUCAACAUUUUCUUAGACUUAUUCAACCAAAUGUUCUUUGUUUUUCUAUGAAUCCCAUAUGGUGGUUUUACCCUCUUGAGAUGAAGAUAUAAAUAUAAACCAGCUACUUGCUAUAAAUGAAAAUUUGUGUGGGUAUUUAUUUAAAUAAAAAUGUGUAAUUCUGAGAGGAGAAUUUGACAAUCACCUCCAAAUUUUUAAAAAUUGCUUAUUUUAUAAAAUCUAACAAAUUAUGAAAAUAGAAUUUUUCUUCCAAGAUUAAUUGGUUGAUAUAUGCAAGUGAACUUAAUUACCAGAAUUUACUAUUCAAAUAACGUUGGCAAACUGUAUUAGUUAACUAUGGAAUAAGUGUAUAUAUGUAAAAUAUGUUUCCUAGUGAGGUAUGUGCCAAAGUUCAUUUCUCACCAAGUCCUGUCUGAGAAGAGGAAGGGCGGGAGGUGAGUGGGUGGACAGUUUGGAGUGCUGAAAGAUGGUGAUGGACUCCAAGGGUCAUUUCUACUUGGGUAAAGUAAACAAUGUUCGGUGUGUUCAAAAAGGUGUUCUGUGUUUUCCUAUCCCAGAGCUGUGUCAUGUAAAAUAAGAAUGCCCUAAAACCCUGUGGAGACAAAAACAUUAUUUAUGUUGCUUGCUACCUUUUCAGCCUAAACCUUUUUUUCCAUUUUGUUACAAUUGACCUUUGGGGGAAGGAGGAGAUGAUAUUUAGGAUAAUAAAAUGAAUUGGGAACAUUAUCACUAUUCUAGGCUUCCUGUUGAUAUGCUUUAAUAUUUGGAAUUGUGUAUGACUAGAAUAAAUCUGACCAGUGCUACCCCCUGUCACGUAUGUAAAGUGUGGAGCUAUCCCCUGAAAUUCAGGUCUUUCCAGUGCUGAAUCUAUUGCCAAAUGUUCAUCGCUACAUGGUGCACAGAUCGCACUCCCCAUAUUCACAGAUAUGUCCCUUGCUGUAUUAUUAUGAACACAACCCAAUACGUUAAUCUGCCUUUUCAGUAAAUAGUGAUUUAGUGUGAACUGAAGAUUAUGCAGAAGUAUAAGUUUAUCACAAGGGACCAUCGUCAGUAUGAGCCACAUAUGGUUAAAAAAAAUUAAACUUCAAAGAUACUUCAUUUUUCA